UUUAAAAUUUUAGUCAAUUUUUAUUAAGUUUUACAUUAACUUAAUAAGUUUGAAAGUUUAAUCAAUAAAAUAAAUUUAAAUGAAAAUUUUUGUUAACUAUUUUGGUGUAUGUUACACGGUUCCGUGUGGAAACGGCGAUGAAAUAGUUAGCUGGUUAAUUGAUGAGACCUUAAAACGCAAAACUAAAACCUUUGAAAACAGUACAGAUGAAGAAGUUUUAUUAGAAGAAAAAACUUUAUUUCUUAGACAUUCUAAACAUUUUGGAAUACUUAAUAAAGAUGAUAAAAUAAAAGACAUUCUCGAUGAUGGAGAUCUUGUACACUUAAAAAACUUAAAAGUAGAUAAUAUUUUCAAUACAACAACAAAUGAACAUGAUCAUUCAAAAGCUGACAACUGGUCAUCAUCAAGAAAGGUGCUUUUUGUUGACGGGAACUCUUUGAGCACAAAAGAACUUGUUGAUUGUGGUAAAGGAAAGUUUGUUAUUAAGUUAACAGAAAAUGCCCGCCACAGAGUGCAAAAAGCACGCGAUCUAAUAAAUGAUAUAGUACGUGAACAUAAAGUUGUUUAUGGGGUAACAACAGGCUUUGGAAAUUUUGCAAAUGUUGUUAUUAGUGAAGAAAACCUAAAACAAGUACAACUAAAUCUUAUCCGAUCACAUGCAUCUUGUGUUGGAGAGCCAUUAACUUUAGAAAGAUCAAGAAGUCUAUUAGCACUGAGAAUCAAUGUUUUAGCAAAAGGUUACAGUGGUAUUUCUGUUGAGAAUCUUGAAAAAUUAAUUGAUGUAUUUAACUCUGGUUGCAUUUCAAAAAUUCCUCAAAAAGGAACUGUUGGUGCUAGUGGGGAUUUAGGACCAUUAUCUCAUCUUGUACUAGGACUACUUGGAGAAGGAUCAAUGUGGGGACCGAAGACUGGUUGGACUGAUGCUUCAACGGUUUUAACCGUUCAUGGCUUAAAGAAAUUAGAUUUAGGACCUAAAGAGGGAUUGGCAUUAAUUAAUGGAACACAAAUGAUGACUGCUUUAGGAUGCGAAGCUGUGGAACGUGCAAAAGCCAUUUGCAAACAGGCUGAUAUUGUUGCUGCACUAUCAAUAGAAGUACUUAAGGGAACAACUAAAGCUUUCAAUGAAGAAAUUCACAAUACUCGACCUCAUAAAGGGCAAAUAUUGGUUGCUUCAAGGUUACGAUCUUUGCUUCAUUCUAAAGUCUAUCAUUCAGAAGUUGCUGAGAGUCAUAGAUUCUGUGGAAAAGUGCAAGAUGCAUAUACCUUAAGAUGUUGUCCUCAGGUUCAUGGUAUAGUUAAUGAUACAGUUGAGUUUGUUAACAAUGUUUUAACAGUUGAAUGCAACAGUGCCACUGAUAAUCCUAUGGUAUUUGCGGAUCUAGGUGAAACAGUAUCAGGUGGAAACUUCCAUGGUGAGUAUCCUGCAAAAGUUCUUGACUACCUUGCAAUUGGCAUUCAUGAACUUGCAAACAUGAGUGAGCGAAGAUUGGAGCGUCUUAUUAAUCCAAAUUACAGCGAUUUACCAGCAUUUCUUGUAAACAAUGGAGGUUUAAAUUCAGGUUUUAUGUUAGCACAAUGUACUGCUGCAGCUCUGGUAUCAGAGAAUAAGGUUCUUACACACCCCUCCUCUGUAGAUUCUCUCACCACAUCAGCAGGAACAGAAGAUCAUGUUUCUAUGGGUGGUUUUGCUGCAAGAAAAGCAAUUGAUGUUGUAGAACAUGUUGAAUAUGUUCUUGCCAUUGAGUUGCUUGCUGCAUGUCAAGGAUUAGAAUUUUUACGUCCACUUAAAUGUACUGAGCCACUUGAAGCUGUAUACCGUACUGUUCGCUCAGUUGUUCGAGUGUAUGAUACAGAUCGUUUUAUGGCUCCUGAUAUAGAAGCAGCUGUUAAAUUGCUACAAGAAGAAAAGGUUUGGAAUGUUGUUGAACCAUAUAUUCAGCACUACAAUAUCGAAAUGGAAAAAAAGAAUGAAGAGUGCUUUGUCCAGCCUGAUUCACCAAGUAGUUACAUGGUAGAUUCGCCAUCGUGUGCCUCGCCACCAUCGAAGAAAAAAAAAUAGUUUUAUUACAAAACUGUAUUUGCUUUUAUUAAUGUAUAAGUUCCUUUUUUU